AUGUCUCUCCCAUUCAGCACUCUACCCUCCAGCGCGAGGGUCUCCGCUACCCCCUUCAAGGCAGCCAUCCCCAAGACCAAGCUCUCCGAGCUCAAGACGCUGAUCGAGCUCGCAAAGCUUGCGCCGCACACGUACGAGAACUCGCAGACAGGCUGUCGCUAUGGCAUAACGACGGACUGGAUCGCCACUAUUCGAGACCAGUGGCUGGGAUCCUAUCAUUGGACAACAUCCGAAGAUCACAUCAAUAGCUUCCCGCAGUUCACAACCGAUGUGGAAGGUCUCACGAUCCAUUUUGUAGCCUUCUUUUCUGAGAAGAAAGACGCGGUGCCUAUCUUAUUUCUUCAUGGAUGGCCCGGAAGUUUUCUGGAGUUUCUCCCCAUGCUUCAGAUGUUUCGGGAGGAGUUCACCCCAGAUACUCUGCCGUACCACUUGAUCGUGCCCUCAUUGCCAGGCUUCACCUUUUCGUCUGGGCCUCCCUUGGAUCGAAACUUUGAGAUCUCCGACAUCGCCAGGGUUAUGGACCAGCUGAUGAAAGAUAUCGGUUUUGAGAGUGGAUAUAUUGCUCAGGGUGGCGACAUUGGCAGUCGGAUAGCUAGGAACUUGGCUGUAGACCAUGAUAGCUGCAAAGUCAAUGUUUGUGCCAUGAGGCGGCCUGACGGCAUGACUGAUGACCGCCUCGAUGCUUUUGAAAAGCGCGGUGUUCAAAGAAUGUCAGAUUUCGUAACUACAGGAUCUGCAUACGCUAUGGAACAUGGCACACGUCCGAGUACUAUCGGCCAUGUGCUCUCCACUAGCCCGGUUGCUCUCCUUGCGUGGAUUGGCGAGAAGUUCCUGGAAUGGGUCGACGAUCCUCUCCCCCCUGAAGUGAUCCUGGAAUCAAUCACUCUGUACUGGUUGACCGAGACGUUUCCUCGAGCAAUCUACACCUAUCGUAUGCUCUAUCCUCCGCCACCCAUCCCGAUUAACAAUGAUCCCCGCUGGUAUAUCCACAAGCCUCUUGGAUUUUCCUCCUUCCCCAUGGAGCUUGCACCGGUCCCCCGCUCAUGGGUGGAGACGACGGGCAACUUGGUGUACUGGAGGCAGCACCAAAAGGGUGGACACUUUGCAGCGCUGGAACAGCCUCGAGAGCUAAAGACCGACGUCACCAAGUUUGUUGACCAGGUGUGGCCGGGAAUAGUGGGAUUCACCUGA